AUGACAACCAAAGACUACGAGACAUUUUCAGACCCUUGUACAAAAGUGAGAUUGACAUGCUCUCAAUGGAUGGAAAAAGAAGGGUGCUCAGUCACGAUCCAAACACAGAAUCUUAGUCGAUUAGCCCAUGACAUAUUGCUACGAAAAAAGGAGAAUCCAACUUGGAUCCAGUGGGAUGAAGAAAAGUGGCACUAUACUGGGGCUGGAUACAAUGGAUCUGAGCGGCGGCGGAAGGAAAGGGUGGCGCUCUAUAUAUUGACUUUGGAUGCGAUCAAUUUUUGCUUUUGGCCAAAUAAGAAUGCAGCUUCCAAAGAUAUCAACCCUCUUGAAUAUGAACAUUUGGCUAUGUCGCUCAAGCACCUGGCAGAGGCAGACCAAGAGAGUGCCGACUCCACAGAAUCGCAUACUUGUGAAUCCUCUUAUGCAUUUUCGCCUGAAAAUUUGUCCAAGCUUACCCCCGAAUCUUUGAACGCGACAUUGCAACCUCACUUGAAAGAAUUGUACCUUGACAACAUCGAGAAAAGGACGCAAUUAUUGGCAGAAGUUGGGGAAGGCUUGAAAAAGUCCUUCAAUGGCUCUGCAAUGGAAUUGAUAGAAGCUGCAAAUAAGGACGCUUGUGUCUUAGUGGAGCUCAUUCUACAGAACUUUCCUGGUUUUCGCGACAUCGUACCAUCGAGGGAGGACUUCCCGACCAUCUUCUUUCUUAAGCGAGCCCAGAUAUUUGUUGGAGACAUUAAUGCCGCUCUAAAUCUGAACCUGAAGAAUAUGGAUAAAUUGACGACCUUUGCGGACUACCGUGUACCACAAAUCCUUCGCCAUUUUGAUAUUUUGAAGUACCAACCGCACCUUGAAACUAUUGUUGAUGAAGGCAGCGAGAUUCCUGUUCGGUCCAAAGAUGAAUUGUCAAUAAGAGCGGCAACUGUUGUGGCUGUGGAAAAUCUUGUCGAACAUCUUAAUGAUAGAUCCAAAGGCGAGGAGCCCUUUACCGCGGUUACAGUGGAUUGGUACUUGUGGCAAGUUGGUGAAAAGAUGCACCAAGACGGUUUACUGAAACCGUUCCACAAAGUUCGAACCCAAUUCUACUAA